GCGGAGUCAUCUUCGCUGGAAUGACCCAUUAAGUAGGUAAUUCAAAUUUAACACACUUUGUCUUCCUGGCAUUAAGCAAGAAGUUGAUAGCAUUAAACCAGUAAACUACCAUUGAGAGGGUAUUGUUAAUAUAGUCAUAGUUAACGUCAUGUCUGUCUGUUUUAAAAAUAAGGGUGUGUCGUCAGCAUACAAUACUAUUUCGUAAAGAUCCUUCACAAAGAAUCGUAGAUCAUUAAUAUAAAUGAGAAAUAAGAAAGGUCCAAGAAUUGAGCCCUGCGGAAUACCCAUUUUUAUCGGAGAACUCAAAGAAGUGACUCCAUUUAUGUCUACUUUCUGAAUUCUGCCGUUGAAAUAUGACAAGUUCCAACGCCGAGCUCGAAGGAACCAACAUGCUGAACUAAUGGAAUACUACACUGGUGGAUACUAUCAUUGAUUUAUGGUUUGAUUUAAAGAUAAUUUUCUUUUCUGAUGCCAAAAUACAACAUUUCUUCAGUUUCAGAAGCUUCAGAUCCGCACAAAUAUAGAGACUACGUGUACAAUAGAAAAACAAUGGCAUAUUAUAAAUUACAUAUAGAAGAAAACGACAAAUAUGACAGCGAAAUUGUUUGUAGAGUGGAAGGCUCUGCAUUGAUACUACCUACAUCAGCGGAAGAUAUAGCACAGGUUCAUGGAAUGCUCAAGGAAUAUCCUGAUAUAGGCAAUCUUGUGUGGAUUGAAGGUGAAGAGGAAUAUGAUUCUUCUGAGGAGGAAUGGCAUGAAGAGUCUUCGUCCAGAUGCAGCGUGUUGAAUCGCUACCAGGGUGAAGUCGAAGAUUAUUCUUGCUAUGAAUUACUACCCUUCGUCUGCAAGGUGGAUGCCAAAGAUGCUCCUUACGAUGAUCAGUGCAACGUGUACGCUCAAGGUUACGAUUAUUUCUCUUCUAUUGCCAGCUGCUACAAAGUAAUAAAACAAUAUUAUAUAUGGGACCAAGCAUAUAACGAGUGUCAACAAGAAGGAGCUCAUCUAGUAGUGAUUAACUCUGAAGCUGAGCGUAAGGUGGUUUGGGAUUUGGUCAAGGUAGCUCAGAAGUCAAGGAAAGCAUUACAUUCCUUCUUUGUCGGAUUUCGGGCCGAACGGACUGAUAGCGGACGUCCCAGAGAAUUCCAUACUAUUUUUAACGAGACGUUAGACCAAGCUGGGUACAAUAAGUGGUCUGUCGGAGAACCCGACAACUACUUGGACUCUGAAUAUUGUGGAGCAGUAAGUUACCUAGAUGGUAAAUUCAACGAUGUCAAUUGCAACUCUGCCCAUGCUUUUAUUUGCGAAAAAGAGGUACCGAGGAGACAGUAAAACUCCAAAUAAUUGUUAUAAUGAACGUAAAGCGCAUAUAAAUACGAAAGGAAAGUACUUUGCAUGUUUCGAGUUCUUAGGUUUUCGCGAUUGUUACACAUAGAAAAUGAAACUAUUUUUCCGGAUUUAAAUCGCGUAUAUUUGUCAUUAU